ACCCACGUGGGUCAGCACAGGAGCUUCCUCUGUAUUUGCCGAGCAUUGGAUGAUCGCUGACCGAUCUGGCAUUAGUAAAGUCUGAUCCGCUUGUCAGUGGUUCUUAUUAUUGUUAUCUCUGCCGCAUGAUAAGGAUAACGCUAUGGCUACUGGAUUCAAAACAGUGGAACCUUUAGAAUACUACAGAAAAUUCCUGAAGGAAAAUUGUCGGCCUGAUGGACGGGACCUUAAUGAAUUUAGGACAACAACAAUAAAUGUUGGUUCUAUUACCACAGCAGAUGGUUCCGCUUUAGUGAAGUUUGGGAACUGCACAGUAAUAUGUGGCAUUAAAGCAGAAUUUGCAGCCCCUCCUUCAGAUACUCCUAAUAAGGGAUAUAUUGUUCCUAAUGUGGAUCUUACACCCUUGUGCUCCUCCCGUUUCCGCCCCGGUCCCCCUGGAGAAGAGGCACAGGUGGCCAGUCAAUUCAUUGCAGAUGUCAUUGACAAUUCACAGAUUAUACAGAAAGAAGAUUUAUGCAUUGUAAAGGGCAAGCUGGCGUGGGUUCUGCACUGUGACCUCAUAUGUCUUGACUAUGACGGAAAUCUUUUUGACACCUGCACAUGUGCAUUAGUGGCAGCUUUAAAAAAUGUACAAUUACCAUCUGUAAAAAUUAAUGAAGAUACUGGUUUAGCCACGGUAGAUUUAGCAAAGAAGAAUCCCCUGAAAAUUUUGAAACAUCCGAUUGCUACAUCCUUUGCUGUGUUUGAUGAUACAUACAUUCUAGUGGAUCCAACAGGGGAAGAGGAAAGUUUGGCUACUGGCCUACUAACAAUUGUGAUGGAUGAAGAUGAAAGGUUGUGCUCUAUUCGUAAACCAGGUGGUAGUGCCCUGUCUGCAGAAAUACUUCAACAAUGUAUCAGUCGAGCGAUCACACGACACAAGGAAGUAAAGUCUCUGCUAAACGAAGUACUGGAGAGUGUAAAUUCAGAAUAAAAAGUCUAAAAGUGAAUUAUAAAAUUGACAUGUAAAAAGUUGUAUUGUUAAAGUGAUUGCACAAGUUUUGUACUAAAUAAACUUCUUUACUACAUA